GGCAACACCACAGGGUAAUGAGGUCAAUUUUUACGUAUUUUUAAUUAUCUCCCGUUGGUGAGUCGCCUUGGGUGUUCUAUGCCUUGGGCUUUCUCGUAUUCUGAGUCGGUGACCCAAAUUCCAUUCCAAAAUCACUAAAAUGUAAAUAAUGAAAGUAUACACACAUUACAUAAUCUUCUAGAAUCUCUUUUAUGUAAGUAUGUUGCAUUAUGCUUGUAAGAAAUUAGCAUUCCAUACCACAUUAACCGCAACAAAACAAAGCUUGUUCAGUGACAGUUUUAGGAUGUUUGUCUAACAUUAUUUUGUUUAGAGCGACAUGGUGUUUACGAACUUCCUAACCGAUUUUAAAUUGCCCAACGACUGGUUGUACAGAGGCGAAGGAAAUGCCCACUUGGUCCUGGCGUUACCAAAGACCAAACAAAUAUUACGCAUCCGCAAAACUCGACCAACACUCAGAUUUUAUUUGGCAUGGCUUUUCAAUUGGAUCAGCGACUUAAUUUACUGGUACUUUGGCUCAGGAUAUAGGAACGAGAAGACUGACAUUAAGUUCUACAUGAAAAUUAUGCGACCCUUGUUUGGGGUUAGUUACGUAAGUGAGGCACAACAGGUGGUUCUAGCACAAGACCAAAUCCGUCAACUAGAAAAAAAAUUAGAUAAGUUUAGGCCAGAAUUUAGGAAAGACAAGAUUUUGGAUUAUUCUAGGGCCACUUUGUUUGAUGAUUUCACAUGUUUUACAGACGAUUUUUUACCCUUCCAAUUGUCAAACGACUCUUUUUCAUUUGAAUUCAAGCCUAAGCAAGACUGGGAACCAGUUGUGACAAGACUGUCAGACUGUACUUUUUGCAUGCAUCAGUAUUACAAGUUAGAAACAAAGAAAGUUAGACAACAUAGCAAAUAUUGUCCUAGGGAUUUAUUUUGUGGUUUAAAACCAACAGUUUCGAAAGCUUUAAAAAACCUAAUUGAUACACCACAAAAUAAUUUUAGAGUAUUUAAAAACGGCGAACUGAUUUAUGACGAUAAACAAAACGUGGAGUUUACGAAAGUGCUCAAUGAUUUGUUUGACGCAACAGAUAAAAAUUUAGAAGGAAGUUUCUUUGAUCUCAUGCACAGUUGUCUAACAAAAAACCUGGUGGGUCCAAAAACUCCGACUCGGUGCGAUAAAAAAUGGCUGUGCGAAUGGAAUAGACAACUAAAUGCUUCCACACAAAACUAUCACUUGGAGAAAGAUUCAGUUUUGGAACGGAUAUUAUCAGUACAAAUGUUAAACAUGGAUGGAACAAGUUAUUACAACAAACUAUUAAAGAACAAAGAAGUAAAAGACUGGAGAUACGUUAAAAAAGGACUGAAGGAGAUAAAUAAGUACCCUGAAACUUGUUUAAAAUGCGUUAUGAUGCUGUUGGCUGAGAAAGACAAGGAUUUUUUGUUCAUGCCAUAUUUAAUGGCUGCUGUUGCGAAUGACUGUUCAUUUAUGAUCACUGUUAAAAAGGUGCUUGAGCCUGUUGAUGAUGACAUGGGAAUAAGAAAUAUAGUUCAUACGGAAUUAGGUAGUUUUGUUGUAAGAAUAGGAAUAUUUGAUCUUUAUCCCAAACCAGUUUCAACAAUUGUUAAGCACGAAAAUCGAAAUAAAAAAAUUUUACAAGCGUAUCGUCGGCAUAAUCCAAAUAAAAUAGAUUAGUUUUAAUUGUAAUUGAAUAUAUUGUGAUACGGAGUUUAGUUUAAUAUUUUUAAUAAAUAUCUGGACUUUUUAUAAUUUAUGUCCUUUAUCUUAAAUUAAUUAUUAACACAACAUUGAUAUAAAAUUAUUUUUAGAUCUCUUGUGAAAUCGAUCUCUAAAAACUGUUUGUGUAUUUUUUUAAAGUUUGGCUAUACAUAGUUUAAUGAAAUUAUGAUAAAUUAUUGUAAAUAUUGUUAUCAGUGCAACGUAAAUUAAAGUAUUUUAUAA